UACUAUUCCCAAACUGGGAAACUGGAAUCACCUGAUUUGAAAGUGGGAUAACUUCUUCAUCCCAACUCCUAUGAGAUUUAUUCAACUUCCUGGUGUUUCCCCAUCCAAAUCAAGCUUCUUACAAAGUGAUUCAUCCUGGCUUGAUUGGAACGACGAAGAAGCUGUCCUAUUCCCAAACUGGGAAACUGUGAUAUGAUCAUGGACCAGUCAGAUAAAGAAGACAAUGAGAUGAGAGAUGAGCCAGCUGAAGAAGAUGUCCUAGCUAUACCAGAAGGUCCUAUCACUCGUUCCAAGAGUAAACAACUCAAGCAAGCCAUUGGAGGAUUACUCAUGAUAGCCUGGAAGCAAGAAGAAGGUCUUGAAGGGAGCUGGAUCAAUCAAGACACACUCACCACUAUCCAAGCCAUUUCUUUUUCUACAUGAUCAUCAAAUGAGCAAGUAGCAUAUGUGUGCUCUUUUUCCCUGUCUUUGGUUUUGUCCCAAUGGGUUUUCCAAAGAUAGGUUUUUAAUGAGGCCAUAUGUUACUUUCACAUCUCUCAUUUGAUGAUCCCGGUUUAACUUAUAAUGCCUUAUAAAACUUAUGUCUCUUAAAACCUUAUGUCUUUCAUUUUUAUUUUAAACCAAAGGGAGCCUGUUCUCUUUAGAUUUCCGUGUGCUUGUGUGUGUACAAGCCUCACUAUAUAAACUACAUCCGAAAACCCUAGCAUCUUUCAAGUUAUCUUUUCAUAAAAAUCUUUCUUUUGUUCUCUCUUCUUCUUGUUAUCAAGUCGGCGAGUGAUCUUGUUGGUGUGUAGUAUCCAACAGCCCAAGGAUCUCUUCUUCGGUGUGUCAUAUCCGGAUUAGGCAUCUAGGAGUAUCAAGGAGUCCUUCCACAACAAUUUGUGUCACCAUUCAUUCCACAAACCUUGAAGAACUUGAGUCUCUGAUUCGUUCUUGCAAGGAUCUAUCCCCAACUAUCCAGAGAAGCAUCCUAGGAGUGUAUUAUGUGGUAUCAGAGCAACUCUGGCUAGGGAAGUUCUUGUUUACUCAAUUUUUCGUGUGGAUCUGUUCAUCUACUUCAUAACUUUUGCUAGAUCUGUUUAUGUUUGAUUCAAAUCUGAUCAAUCUCAGCGAUUUUAUGAAGGUUUCUAAAAAAGACCAUUCAUAUUCUUGUGGAUUACGUUUUCGAAAUCUCUAGAUCCAUAAGUUGUUUGAGUUACUUGAGUCGAUCUGAUCUUAUACUAUUGAAUCUGUGAUUAUUGAAUCAUAUCUUCAUCUGUUGAACCGGAUCUAUCUGUUAAGUGUGGAAGGAGAUUGAAAUUGAACCUGAUCCGCAUUGUUUAAGUUUCCUUUUCGUGUUUGUUUCCUUUUGCGAUUCUAUUUUAAUUUUUCUGUGAACCUCUUACAGGUUGAAUCUUUUUGGUUGUCUCAGGUACUAUGGCUAUUGACGCAGAGGAAGAUGAAGGAGUUAGCCUCGAGCAUAAAGCUUUGCUUGAAGCUUUGACUCGCCGUAUGAGUACGAUGAUGGAAACAAGAUUGGGUACUUUCCGCGAAGAGCUUGAUGCGCAAUCUUCAGAACCUAGACGAGAACCCAGGCAGAACCGACGCACGCAGGCUAGACGUGAGCAUGAGGGUUCAGAGGAGACUGAUAACUACUACGAAAGAGAUCGACACAGCUCAGAUUCUAGACACAGCAGUCGUAGUAACCAUAGACACAGGCGUGAUCAUUGGCAACGCAAUGAACUCGCGGGAGUAAAGCUGAAAAUCCCUCCUUUCCAUGGCAAAGCUGAUCCAGAUGCCUAUCUUGAGUGGGAGAAAAAGAUUGAGCUGGUUUUUAACUGUCAACACUACACGGAGCUUAAGAAAAUUCAAGUGGCUGCUACCGAGUUCUACGAUUACGCUUUAAGCUGGUGGGAUCAAUUGGUUACAAACAAACGGCGCAAUGGUGAGUAUCCUAUUGAGACAUGGGCGGAGAUGAAAGCAGCAAUGCGCAGGAGGUUUGUGCCGAGCCAUUACCAUCGUGAUCUUCAUCAGAGAUUGAGAAGGCUCACACAAGGAUCGCGAUCUGUAGAAGAGUAUUUCCAAGAGAUGGAAUUGUUAAUGUUGAGAGCUUGUAUAUCAGAGGAUAGAGAGGCUACUACGGCACGGUUCCUUGGAGGACUUAAUCGUGAGAUACAAGACAAUGUGGAGAUGCAGCACUAUGUUGAGCUGGAAGAGAUGUUGCACAAAGCAAUUCUGGUGGAGCAACAGAUUAAGAGGAAGCAUCAUUCACGUGGGAGCUACGGUACCAGCAAGUAUCAGCAAGUUAAAGACGAGAAACCAGCAUAUCAGAAGGAGAACAAGUCUCAGCAGAAAGAAGAAACAAAGCAAGGCAGCAUUUUUACCAAAGACAAAGACAAAGGGAAAGCUGAAGCUACUUCUUCUCGGACCAGAGAUGUUAAGUGUUUCAAAUGUCAAGGGCGUGGGCAUUACGCAAACGAGUGCACCAACAAACGUGUUAUGAUCCUCUUGGAGAAUGGAGAAUUUGAAUCUGAGGAUGAGAAGCUUGAUACUGAUCAGGAGCAUUCCGAGGAAGAAUAUGAAGAAGAACCAGUGCGAGGGAGAUUGUUGGUUGCAAGGAGAACUCUCAGCUUGCAAAAUAAAACCGAGGAGCUUGAGCAGAGAGAAAACUUGUUCUACUCACGCUGCAUGGUUCAAGGAAAGAUAUGCAGUCUGAUCAUUGAUGGUGGAAGCUGUGUUAAUGUUGCUAGCGAGACAAUGGUGAAGAAGCUUGGUUUGAAAACUCAAAAGCAUCCUAAACCUUACCGGCUGCAGUGGCUUAACGAAGAAGGUGAGAUGAGGAUCUCCACACAAGUCUCUAUACCUUUGUCCAUUGGGAGAUAUGAAGAUGAGAUACUCUGUGAUGUGAUACCAAUGGAAGCAAGUCAUAUCUUGCUUGGAAGGCCGUGGCAGUUUGAUAGGAGAGUUACACAUGAUGGCUUUACUAAUAAGCACUCUUUUGAGUUCAAUGGCAAGAAGACUAUUUUGGUGCCUCUCACUCCUAAGGAAGUGCAUCAAGAUCAGUUGCAUCUUCAGAAGAAGAAAGAAAUAGAUCUCAAACCCGAGCAACACAAGCAGCACAACUUCUAUGCCAAGAUUGCUCUUUUACAGGACUUUGAAGAUGUAUUUCCUGAAGAUAAUCCAAUUGGUUUGCCUCCUAUACGUGGGAUUGAGCACCAGAUUGAUUUUGUACCAGGAUCUACUCUUCCUAACAGGCCAGCAUACAGAACUAACAGUUGAGACUAAGGAGCUUCAGAGGCAGGUUGAGGAACUGAUGGAGAAAGGCCAUAUCCGUGAGAGCAUGAGUCCCUGUGCCGUACCUGUGCUCCUUGUGCCCAAGAAAGAUGGGAGCUGGCGCAUGUGUGUUGAUUGUAGAGCAAUCAACAACAUAACAGUGAAGUAUCGCCACCCUAUUCCUAGAUUAGAUGAUAUGCUUGAUGAAUUACAUGGCUCUAGCAUUUUUUCUAAGAUAGAUUUGAAGAGUGGGUAUCAUCAAAUUAGAAUGAAAGAAGGAGAUGAGUGGAAAACAGCUUUUAAAACUAAGCAUGGUUUGUAUGAGUGGUUAGUGAUGCUAAUACGUCCCUAGAUUGCUUCUCUGGAUAGUAUGGGAUAGAUCCUUGCUAGAACGAAUCAAAGACUCAAGUUCUACAAGGUUGUGGAUCGAUUGGUGACACAAGAGGCUGCGGAAAGGCUCCUUGAUACUCCUAAGUGACUAGAUCGGAUAUGACACACCGAGAUAGACACUCUUGG